AUGAAUUCAAGUAGUUUUAAAAACAAAUUCGAAAAUGAAAUAAGAAAACGUACAAAUAUACCAAUCGACCUUGGAAUCGAUUCAUUAUUUGAACUCAUUAAGCCUAAAAAAAGAAAUAAUAGAAAUAAUAAUCGACCUCCACGCCCUAUGUACCCGUUCAUAAUCCAUCCUAAAAAUAGUUCUUAUGCUGCAAAUUCUAAUAAAAUCUAUCUUUCUAUUGAAUCAAUUGAUGUUACUUUCAAUUCUACCAUGGCAAAUUCCUCAAAUAUAAAUACACACAUUAACGUAAAAAACACCAUUCCUUUAUCCGAAAAUAAUGAAAAUAAUAUUGUGAGUAAUUAUUCUCCAAACAGACGUAAAAGUGGAGUCAGUGAAGACACCACCAAAUUUUUGGAUGAUAUCACUUAUUCUAAUAAAACUUGGUCGAAUAUUGUUAACAUUCCCGUUACUGAAAUAAAUACAAUGGAAAAGGAAUUUCUAAGUUUAUUGGAUUACAGAUUAUAUGUUUCUGAACAACAAUAUUUUGAAUGGAUUUGCAAUAUGUUAACUUUUGUUUCACUGGAUUAUUAUGAUAACAAUAUUUCUGGACCGCAAAAUUCGCGUUAUGAGCAACAAUAUAUUCAUUUUCAACUCCAUGAAAUAUUACAACAGCUACUACCACCAAAACUUCAUAUCAUUUGA